AAAACAUUUUAGCCGCUACGUUUGAUAUUAGCUUUCCUCAGAAAAAAGAUAAACACGUUUGAGUAAUUCAUAGAAAUAACAUUUUGUCAUUGUUUAAACAUUCAUCCAAAUUUAUUCUAUAUGUUUCGUUAUUAGGUCUAUAUCCGUGAAUCGUCAAACCAUGGAUACCGUUCAUUAUUUUGCAUUUAUUUUCUGUGUGAUUUGUGUUGUUUCGGCUGUAGAAAACGUAAACAGCGUUCUUCCCCUGGAUUGUGCCUUUGUUCAAUGCGCUGCCCCCCAAUGCGCUGACUCAUUCACCCCACCAGGAAAAUGCUGUCCGGUUUGCAAAGACAAUAUGAAACAAGGCCAGUGCCCUGAUGCACGGCCGCCAAAGGGAAUAAGUACCAUCUGUCUAGUAGGGUGCCAAGGUGACGAUUCAUGCCCAGGCGAACAGAAGUGUUGUAGAUACGGAUGUCAAAUCUCGUGCACAAAUCCAGUUGGAAAGUCAUGCAAUUAUAAGGGAAGAGUCUACAAAGACGGUGCACAGUUCAAGGACAAAUGCAAUACUUGUCGAUGUAUCAACGGUGCCGUACCGUGUACAAAGAUUGGUUGCCAAGGGAAAACGGGGGUAUGUCCAGCGCCUCGAGGUUUUGGGAUCUGCAUUCAUAAGUGCAGUUCCGAUUAUGAUUGUCCAGAUGUACAGAAAUGUUGUUCCAACGGUUGCGGCAAAGUCUGCUUGAAACCCACGCAAUCCGGAUGUCUGGUGAACGGCGUGAACUACAAUGAAGGUGCCACUGUACCAUCAAAGAAGGCUAACCCCUGCGAAUCGUGCACCUGUCAAAACGGGUCUGUCCAGUGCGAGAUGAUGGCAUGUCCGGCCUGCGUAGGCUACACACCAUCUGGUCAGUGCUGCCCAAUAUGCGGAUCUUGGCCUCACGACAUACAAUAACGUCAAUCGGAUUAAAAACGAACGCAUCCUUACAUUUGAAUUACAUGUACGUUUGUAAUAAAAUUAAGUCAUUUA